UCCGUUUCUCGUUUAUAUAUAUUUCUUUUAUUGAGUAGUUAUAAAGCAGGUAUAGCAGAAAUACAAAUAAAUGUGUUUUUGAUAUCAAAUAAAGAUUAUGUGAGCUUUAUAAAAAAAGAUAAAAAGAAAAAAAACAAGAGAUGGAAUGAGAAAGAGAGAUGUACGAAGUAGAGGAAGAAUGAAAGGCAGGUUGACGAAGAAAGCGUGACAAGGAGAGAGAGAUUGAGUGAGUAAGAGAGAAUAGGAAAGAGAGAGACGAACUAUAUCGGACAGUGACGAACAGUAAAGAGUGCAACGAGGACACGGCAAUCAGUUGUGCUUUCGCGAGAGGCGAGGCUAAGUGUAACGCUGUUUCGAAUUCGCGACUAUUCUCUGUAUUUCUCUCUUAAGGAAAAUUACGUGUGUAGGAUUAACUGUUCAAAUUUUUGGCUCUUUUGUCUUUUGCAUACGCCAUGCAUACUGUGUGCGCGCACGCGCGUGUGUGUGUAUUGUAUGUAUCGCGGGCGUCGUGCGGGCGGGCAAAUGGACUGCAGCACGAAGAAGAAAAUACUAAGUGACAUGUUAAACGUGUAUUAAGUGUUUAUGAGUUCCACCUGAAGACCGAAGUUAAGAGAGGACCAACAUCUUGCGAGAAUUUUUACGUUACAUAUCUUGUUAUGUACUUUGAAGCAUCAACAAACAACGAUUUCAACUAUGAAGCUGCAGCAAACAUUUACACAUGUCAAGAUACGGUGGAAGUUAUGACUAUCUCACAUCAAUUUUAAAUCAAUUAAUAAAUUUAAUGGUAUAAUUGAGAGAGAGAGAGAGAGAGAGAGAGAGAGAGAGAACCGUAAAUUUUUUUUUCAUUUUAAGAAUUUUUCAACGGCCAAUAUCGAUUUAAAAUUUUAAUUCCUUUUUUAAUUUCAACUGGAAGAAUUGCGGAUUGAGUUUUAUAAUGAGUUUUAUAAUGAGAUAAUUAUAGAUAAAUAUUUCUCGUCAUUAAAAAUCGGCCGAAAAGAUAAUGUAAUUAAAGAAACUUGGAAUUAUGUGACAAUAGGAAAAAGAAGCAACCAUAGCAUUGAUUAAUAAUAAGAAUAAAAAAGCAAAGCUAAGGAUCCGUCACGGUGGCCAGUUUAAUAAGUAGCAACAUAACAUUACGAUACAAUGAAAGAUCGAAGAUUGUCACAAGGGAUAUUGUCCUGGCAGCCCCAACCAGGUUAAAAGAAACGGUAAAUUCAUUAAUUACGACCACGACAAUAGUGACGACGAUAACAACGACAACACCCAACAUGGAUACUAAUGGCGAUUCAAACAUGGAUACCGCUAACAGUGACUCCACCAGCUCUGGCGUUGGUGCUAUGGCAUCUGUUGUUGCCAGUGCCGCGUCCUUGACACUGGUCAAGGUCGAGAGGCCAGAUCAUCUGGCAGGAGCGUCAACGUCGCCCGCGACGGUAGCUGCCGUAUCCACUGGCUCGAUCGGCACUGGAAGUGGCCUUUUCACCACUAUUGCCAAUAACAAUAAGACAGCUAAAUCGGACGAUUGGCUAGCGACGAAUAGUCCCGGAUCGCCGCAAAAUUCUUUACAAAGUCAGCAUGUGGUCUAUACCGCUUCGCAACAGCAAUUAUCGGAGCCACAACAACCUCCCAUGGCGCACUCCAGUCCACUCGCACAUCAGCAACAAGUCAACAAUAAUGGAUACGCAAGCCUUAUGAGCACCAGUAGUUACGAUCCAUACAGUCCUAAUGGUAAAAUAGGUAGGGACGAACUCAACCUGUCUCAACCGAGUCCGUUAAACGGCUAUGGAAGUAAUUCCGGAGUAAGCGGAAAUAGCGGUGGUAAUGGCAAUAAUAAUUGCAACAGUAAUAGCAACAAUGGCAACAGCAACGGCAGUAGCAAUGGCGGCAGUGGCGGUGGUAAUGGCAGUGCCGGUGGCGGUGGUGUAGGUGGAAGCGGCAAUGGUGAAGGAUGCGACGCAAAGAAAAAAAAAGGACCUACACCCCGUCAACAAGAAGAACUAUGUCUUGUGUGUGGUGAUCGUGCAUCCGGUUAUCACUACAACGCCCUCACUUGUGAAGGCUGUAAAGGCUUCUUUAGACGUAGCAUUACCAGAAACGCCGUGUAUCAGUGCAAGUAUGGCAAUAAUUGUGAGAUCGACAUGUACAUGCGUCGCAAAUGCCAGGAAUGUAGGCUAAAGAAAUGCCUGACGGUCGGCAUGAGGCCGGAAUGCGUUGUGCCCGAGUACCAAUGUGCAGUAAAAAGAAAGGAAAAGAAAGCACAGAAGGAAAAGGACAAGCCGAACAGUACAACGAUGAAUGGCUCACCAGGUAAUGCCGGCAUGGGUGAUCAAAUGGGUGUUAAAAUUGAGCCAGCAGAAGCUGAAUCAUUGUCCAUGUCUGGAAGUAGUGGCAUUCUUACCCCCGUUAGUCCUUAUGCUUGUGUAAAACCGCCGACACCUACGCCUAUCAGCCCAGAGCAGGACGAACUGAUAAACAGGCUGGUAUCUUUCCAAUGUGACUUUGAGCAACCGAGCGAGGAAGACUUAAAAAGAAUAACUGGAUGUAGGAGAGUCUAUAACAGGGAAGAUCACACAUCGCAUUUCUUGUUGUAUGCAAUCGGUACGAAAUGGAUUAAACCAUGGGUAGAGGAAAAGACGGAGGAUCUUAUAGAUAAGCCGAAAAAAAAUAAAAAAUGCUUAUCAAUGGCUGAAGAGGAUAUAUCAUUGAUCAUGCAAAACCAACCUAUGGAAGGCGAGGAUCCGAGUGACUAUAGUUUCAGACACAUCACUGAAAUCACAAUCUUGACCGUUCAACUGAUUGUUGAGUUCUCAAAGAGGCUACCCGGCUUCAACGAGUUAAUGCGUGAGGAUCAGAUCACUCUACUGAAGGCAUGCUCUAGCGAAGUGAUGAUGCUACGGAUGGCAAGAAAAUACGAUGUGCAAACUGAUAGCAUUAUUUUCGCUAACAAUCAGCCAUACACACGCGACAGCUAUAACAUUGCGGGGAUGGGUGAAACCAUCGAGGAUCUUUUACGAUUCUGUCGGCAAAUGUAUGCCAUGAGGGUCAAUAAUGCUGAGUACGCUUUGCUCACUGCUAUCGUUAUUUUUUCAGAGAGACCCAAUCUGGUGGAAAGUAAAACAGUAGAGAAAUUCCAGGAAGUUUAUUUGAAGACAUUGAAAGCGUAUGUGGAUAAUCGUCGUAAAUCCGGCACGAUCUUCGCGAAGCUUCUUUCGGUUCUAACCGAACUUAGGACCCUCGGCAAUCAAAAUAGUGAGAUGUGCUUGAACCUGAAAUUUAAGAAUAAGAAGCUGCCACUUUUCCUCGCCGAAAUCUGGGACGUGGUGUCCUAGUUUCACAGUCGCCGAUCAACGGUGAUUGCUUCGGUCGGCUGAAUAAGCUCUUCGACGUUGCGAUAGCGGCGGCAGCAGCAGCAGCAGCAGCAACGGCGUCGAUAGACGCAUGGACGUGGAAAACGGCCUGCGCAACUCUUGUACUAGUGCACCACUAUGCCACUGCCUCACCGUCAACAUCAACAUACUGUAUCAGUCUCCGUUUUAGAUUCAUUACAGUCAUUUGCUGUUUCUCGAGGAUUAACUACUUCUAGAGGUUGACACUUUAGAUGGAUUGAUCUUUAUACAGUUUGUAAAGAUAAGUAAAAUAUAAGCAAGCCGGCCCAUACUGUUCGCGUAUGAUAUGACGCGAAAGAGAUGUUUUUGCUAUUACAAUAUAACAAUAAAAUUAUAUUAAAGAAAAAUGAAGGUUGUGUUAAAGUGACAGAUGAUAAAGCCAGUUUGAUUUUAUAGCGUGUUAACAAGAAUACACGCGAUCGAAUAUCUGUGAUAAAGGAACGCGAUGCUAAAUAUCCAUAUGGUGUAAUGGAUAUGCAAAAUGAGAGUUUAUUCGAUGAAAGCUUUAUGUUAUUAAAGAUUUAUGACACAAAACAUACGUGGUGUCAGAUUUAUAUGAUCCAUGAAAUUAUCAAUUUCAAUAAAGUUAUAAAGUGACUCGUUUAUGAAACUUAAAAUCUUUGCAUUUUAUAUUUAUUCAUUGGAAAUUAUUUAAAGUAAAACAGUCACUUGUCUCUGAUGUCAGACAGUGGGAUUUCUCACGUACACGUAUUAAUGAAAGAAUCGUGGAUCUAUUGUAGCAUACGCACUUCAGUGAUAUGUAUACACAUGGUAUUAUCACAAGAAAAAAAAUAGAAAAUGUUAAAACAAGUAAUAUAAACAUCUAUAUCGAAUAGACUAAGAAUAGAUUAGUAGAAUAAAUGAAUACGCGUUCGUAAAAAAUCCUACCAACAUCUCUGAUUUACCUUGACUUACAAGUGAUUGUACCGGUGCGCCUGUUCAUUUAUAUAUAAGUUGCAAAUAUUUAGUUACAUGAACAGUACGCGAACCGUGUGAGACCGGCUCGAAGACAAGAACGAGAAAGAAGAAAGAACUCUAUAUGAGGGUGGUGGAGAAAAUGGUAAACAGAAAAGAACGAUUAUAUACCGUUGUAGAAAAGAAAGGCAGUGGCGCGGCCCAGGCUGUGAUAUAUAGAGAACAGUACAGAGAACGAAGCUAUAUAAAAAGAAAGCUAUCUGCAAUUUACAUUUUAUCGCUAUGUCCCUUACCAAGAUACAUCCUUACACAUACAAUCGAUAUGUAAAUGUAAUGUAUUAUAUGAUAAAAUAUUGAUAUCAGA